GUUAGCUUCCUGGAGUGGUUCGCGGCUGUUUGAUGGAGGCGCGCGGGUCUGAGGUGUGGAGGUGGGCUAGAGUCAUCACCUGUCAGCUCAGAGAGGCCCGCCGGUAAAAUACCGGCUCUGCUAACCGGUCAGCCCGCUAGCUAACGUGAGCUAGCAGCAGAGGCUAAAAACAUUAGCCCCCGGUGCUCGAGGGAAGUUUGGUACCUGAGCGCGAGCUGAGCCCGAGUUUACUUUAAAGCCGCAAAGUUCAAAGGUCACGGAGUCGGUAAAGAUUUGUUUGAAUGUGACAUUUCGCUCGGGAUGCUGUGUAGUGUGAAUGCUUCUGUCAGCGUGUGUAGAAACGUGAACUCCGGAGCAUGCGCAGUAUAAUUUCUGCUGAGCAUUUUUAACAGUUAAUCCAUUCACCACUUGAUGACGUUAACGGGCUGUCGGUCUGAAUGAAACGUGCUUCAUGUCUGCCUGGACUGACGUCACACAGAGGAAGAUGAUGAUGGUGAGGAGGAGGGUGUUGCAGCCGGUCCCCUGACCCCGUCCGCCUGUAUGGAGGAUGUAGUCCUGCACUAUCAGCCUGGAUCAGCUGAUGAGCUCGGCUCGCUGUUGGAGACCACGCAGAAGCUCCUGGAGCUGUUCCCUCUCCGUGCUCCUCCGGCCUUCACGCCGUGGUUCCCCACGCUCACCGGAGACCGCCGUCUGCCCAUCAGACCUGCGAGACCAGCUCCCGUCAUCACGUGUUUGGAUGAUUCACCAGCAGCAGAGGUGAGACCCAGAGAUGGUGACCCAGAAACCCACUGCGAUCUCCACCCUGUGUCUCCUGACAACAGACCUGAGAAGCAGCCACACAAGGACAAAGAUGGUGCCCUUGGCACCGGCUCGGAGGUCAGGCGGAGCAGGUGGAGCGUCUUCACGCAGAGAGGCGUCCUGCAGCAGAGCUCGCAGGCGCUGUCCAGACAGUUUCACCACGCCGUCUCCGUCCACGGGCUCCACCUCCGCCAGAGGGCCAAGUGGGUGAUCGGUGAGCUGAACUGCGGAGCAGCGAGAGACAUCGAGGAGGUGUGGCGGACUCUGAGCCGCUCGGCGCGAACUUCCUGCCUGCCGUCGUGUAAUGCCAACAUCCAGCGCGAGCGCGGCGAGAUCUGGGUGUUCUGCGACGUGCUGCACUCCGAGCAGGUGGGGCGCUUCCUGAAGGAGGAGCUGCGGCUGUCGGGGAGGAUCGGCCUGUCGGUGCGCCGGCUAGGAAACGUCUUCAGCAUGUAGAGCGCCCCCUGCUGCACUUGCUUGGGUUUCUGCAGACGUCGCAGCUUAGACGGAGGCUGCAGUGACAUCGGGGGCGGCUUCGGUCUUAUUCUUUGUCACUGUGGUUUAACCUGCAGCUCGGCCCGGCCGGCAUCAGUGUCACAGUGUGAGUCCUGACAAACACCAGUCGGAUAAUAAUCAGCACAAUAAAAGUGAUAAAAGGAAGCAACAGUGAAACGAUCAGACCCACUCAGGGAGACGCGCUGUGUUACAGGAAGCUUUCUGCCAUAGUUAACAGUCUUGUUUUAGAGAUGCAGACAUAAUCCAGCUGAUGUUUAUCAGCUGUUCACAUCAGGUUGUAGCUGGAAACUGUUGAUGAAGACGAAGAAGCUCCAAGAAAAACCAAGUUAACAUUCUGCUCUGUCUUCAAAUAAACCAGAGUCCAUUAACAAAAACCUCACAGAGCACAUUAAAAAGAACAGUUAGUGUUACAGAGUGCACGCUCAGAGCGAGGCUGUGUGAUAGUGAACGAAAUAUGCUCAUCAAACAGCAAAUCCACGCCGCCAUUUAUCCACUGUUCAGGCUUUCUCUGAAGUAAACAACGUGAAUAUUCAUCAAGUUUUCUGCCAUACUGGCUUUAUGAGCAGAUCAAACCCAGUUUCCAGCAGUAAGCCUGACCUGUGUGAAACAGUAAUAUGUGAUCAGCUGUUGCAGCUGUGCACUGUUACCUCUCAGCGCUGCUCUGCAUCCACACAGGAUGUAAAAAUAUAUCUAAGUUAAGCUAAAACUGUUUUUCCUCUUCAUCAAAUGCUUCAAGGGCAGAAAUCAUAUUUUAUUCAAAUCUACUGAACUAUUCAUGAGCUCGGGGGAGGGGGGGUGCUCCAGUUGGAUUGUGUGUUGUGUCUGUGUGUGUGUUUGUGUGUGUGUUUGUAAAGUGUUUUCAUACUGAUGUUUGUCAUCCUUCUCUGAUGCCAAUAAAGCUUUUUUAAUAUUUGUAA